AGGACUUCCAUGACAACCAAAGCUAACAACUUGUGACGUCACUACCAAACAUGGCCGCCAAGCGGGUUCACCUGAGACAUUUAUUGUUCUGUCGAAAAGUGGUUCUUCUUCCCUCUGAAAGGAAACAAAUGUCGACUGGACAUUUGCGAUGAUUUUCUGUUGCUAGUGCCUAGGAAUGCUACGUCAUAAAGUGAACAAAGUGCAGGCUACCAACAAAGCCAUGUUGCAUAAUGACACUGCCUUAGGGUCUGCUAGAGUGGGAAGACGCAGAGGUUCGUUGGGGUCCUGGAAAGGAUCUGUUGCUGACUUUGAUGUUUUUGAGCAAAGCAAGAAAUCGUGGAUCGCUCGCAAUUUCUCCAGACGAGAAUGCAUUAGAUUUGUCCCCAAGAGCCAUGAUGUGAGUCGAUGUAAAUGUGGAAGACCAAGAGAGAGGCAUUCUCAGCAGGCCCUAGAGUCUGGGCAGGGAUCAGAGGAGUGGAAUGUGGCCAGUUGUACUACGAAACAUCCGACCAAUGCUUAUGGCGAGAUUGACUUUGAAGGAUAUGGAGGACAGAAACGUGCGCCGUACCUACGCAUGUCUCAUGACACAGAUGCCAACCUGGUCAUUACGCUGAUGCUAAAAAGAUGGAACCUGGAAAUCCCCAACCUGGUGAUCUCUGUCACUGGUGGCGCCAAGAGCUUUGUGUUGAAACCACGGCUGAGAGAGAUGUUCAGGAGGGGUUUGAUAAAGGCAGCCAAGACGACCGGGGCGUGGAUCAUCACUGGUGGUACUAACACGGGCGUGAUGAAGCACGUGGGUGAAGCAGUCAAGGAGCAACAGCUGAUGUUUGGUAGCGACACACAAGUUAACGUGAUAGGCAUCGCAACCUGGGGCAUAGUGGACAAGCAGAGCGACCUCAUCUCAGAAAAGAAUGGUAAAUACCCCGCCUUGUACAGUAUGGAGCCCACCCCCGGACACCAGGGCGCCAUGCUGGACCCCAACCACUCGCACUUCUUCUUGGUGGAUGACGGCACCGAGGGAAAGUAUGGCGUCGAGAUCGGCAUGCGGUCGCGAAUAGAGGAGGCUAUCAUGAAGGUCAAGACGGAUUCCCGCUCCGAGGCUGGUUCCAUCGGGGUUCCCGUGGUACUGCUAGUACUAGAAGGUGGUCCAAACACGGUGGCCACUAUGUACGAGCUCAUUAAGAAGAAGGUCCCAGCAGUGGUCAUAGACGGCAGUGGGCGGGCGGCAAGUGUGGUGGGCUUCGCGUAUAAUCACACAAUCAAGAGAAAUGUGGACGGACAAACUAUAAAUGUGAUCGAUCCUCAAUACGAGGAUGAGGUGCGGGCCAAGGUGGUCGAGGUGUUUGGCGCCAAAGGUGCAGACAAAACGUACAGCAUGAUUAAGGAUGUACUGGAGGACGAAAAAAUGAUCUCCGUGUACAGCCUAGAUGGUGAGAUAUCUCAAGACAUCGACCUGGCUAUUCUUAAAGCUCUUCUUAAAGCCAACCGCUCGAGUCCGGUGGCGCAGCUGAAUCUGGCGUUAGCCUGGAACAGGAUUGAUCUGGCCAAGAGCGAUAUCUUUACUGAAGAGCAGCAGUGGACGACCGAGACCCUCUCGGCUGCGAUGCUGACGGCCCUUCUGGACGACAAAGCUGAGUUUGCGGAGCUCUUUCUCCAGAACGGACUGAGCAUGCGCGAGUUUCUCUCGCUUGAUAUCUUGUGCAAGCUGUACGCUGAGGUUCCCGGUAACACCACCAUCAAACCACUGCUACAGAAAGAAAUGGGUAAGCGCCAAGUGAAGACGAUCGACAUGGACGUUGUUGGAGAGGUGAUCGAGGAACUAAUGGGAGACAUGUUUGAAAGUUAUUAUCGUAAGGACGGGCACUACUUCGGAGAGUUGGCAAGUUAUGCUGAAGGUCUUGUCCUCAAGAAUCGCAAAAGCUCCAAGGAUUUGUUAGCCAACAUCAACCGCAUCGACCCCCUUCCCACGCCGUACCUGGACGUGUUCCUGUGGGCGGUACUGUGCAACAGAAGGGAGCUUGCUCGUGUGCUAUGGGAAGCUGGGAGGGAGCCCAUGGCCGCGGCGCUCAUGGCCUCCAGACUACUGAAGAGAAUGGCUAGCAGAGCACAGGAAGAUAACACCAUCACGGAUAUCAGCAGCGAUCUUUAUGAUCACGCAAGGCUAUUUGAGGAGCGCGCUGUUGGCGUUCUGGACGAAUGCUUUAAUGAGAACGAGACGCUAUCCCAAACCCUGCUAGUGCGCGAGCUAGACCACUACUCGAGGAUGACGGCGCUUGAGCUGGCCGUCUCUGCCGAGAGCCAGGACUUCAUCGCACACACGUCUUGCCAAGUCCUGCUCACCCGCCUUUGGAUGGGAACCAUGGCAAUGAACACCAGGUGGUGGAAGGUGUUAGUGUGCUUGUACCUGCCCGUCCUCAUUUUCCCCAUCAUCUACUUCGUACCCGACGAGCAGCACGAGCGUCAAGCCGCCGAGCGCGAGCACCAGAAGUCACUCAAUCAGAAAUCCUCCAAGGUAAAGUCACAAAAGGAGAAGAACGAUGCUCCCGUUGUUCCGGUCUAUAGGAGUAAAGAAGAGAAGGCAGUCUCUAACGACGAGGAGGCGCGAGUCGGCACAGAGAAUGAAGAGGAAGACUUUCAACUCGAAGACUAUAUACCUGAAAUUCGAGAGGAUGACUCGAUGGAGGUCAUAAUGCGCAACAAAAAAUUGGGUUUUUGUGACCGCAUAAUGCACUUCUAUUCCGCGCCAUUUAGCAAGUUUGUCGGCAAUGUGGUGGGAUACUUGGCUUUUAUUUUCCUCUACGCGUAUGUCGUCCUGUUCAAUUUUCCCCGCUUCGAUCCAGCGAAAACCCUUGGUGGAAUUCACCCUACGGAGAUCGUACUGUACUUUUGGGUCUUCACCAUCUUGAUCGAAGAAAUCAGACAGCUGGCCGCUAAGCCGCCCAAGUACAUCAAAGACAAAGUCAGCGUCUAUUUCAGCGACACAUGGAAUUUCGUGGACAUCUUCUCGCUUACCGUAUUCAUCAUCGCCAUUAUCCUGCGAUUCUUCACAAACUCGAGAAUCUUCACAGCCUCACGGAUAAUCCUUUCUCUAGACAUCAUCUUCUUCAUCGUCAGAUCUCUGCAGAUAUUCUCGGUCAAUCGCCUGCUCGGACCAAAGCUUGUAAUGAUCCAGAAAAUGAUGCAGGAUCUUGCCCAGUUCAUCAUCAUCCUGGCGGUGUUCACGAUCGCGUACGGCAUCGCUCUGCACGCGGUCAUGUUCCCGAGUCCUGGGAUCUACGCCAGGAAUAACACGUGGGUGACGAUCACUAGCGUGGUGCAGUACCCUUACUGGCAAAUGUACGGCGAGCUCUUCCUGGACGAGAUCCAAGGGGAGAAACCUAAAGAGUUUGGGGAAGUGGACCCCGACGGGAGAUGGCUGUCCCCGCUACUUCUCGCUAUCUACAUGGUGUUCACUAACAUUCUCCUGCUUAACCUACUGAUUGCGAUCUUCAACUAUACAUUUGAGAGGGUCCAGGAAGACUCGGAUAAAGUGUGGAAAUUCCAGCGUUAUGACUUAGUGCAGGAGUACCACAGCCGCCCCGUGUUUGCCCCGCCCCUAGUCCUCCUCGGCCACAUCCUCAUCUUUAUUCGCUGGGUCUGGAGGAUGUGUCGGUGUGGACAUCCGCCCCGCGGGAGCACUAUGAAGAUCGGUUUGAGUCCCGCUGAGAUGGAACAGAUGGACAACUGGGAGUUCCAGGCGGCGGAGAUGUACAUUCACCAGCAACAGCAGAAGAACAGCGGAACUCUGGAGGAGAGAGUACGCGCAUUGGGUGAUAGAGUCGACUGCAUCAAUAGUCAACUCAACCGUGUUCUGGAUAGUAUGUCUGGGACUCGUGCCCAUGCCCUCACGGACGGGAACGGACUGGAGGGUGGGCACGACUCGGAGGGGAGACUGGCACGAAUGGAAGUCGAGCUGAGUAGCAACAGUGAAAGCCUGCAGAAGAUCCUGGCACUCUUACAGCAACAACCAGAGGUCAAGGGCCAAGCGGCAGUCCCCACACAGCUAACGCUGUUGCACUACAAAGCCCGGUCUUCGCCGUACCCUGGUUCCACUGCCAAGCGGUUCGCUGUGCAAGACAACAUGGUUGACUGGCAAGUGCCAUUUCCUGACUACAAACCUGUGAACUACACAGCCCCAGUGGUGCUUGCUAACCCGGUCUGGGCCGACAAGGACCUUAUGGCUAUGUCCCCGCGGCCUGAGCUCCCUUACAACCAGAUGGACCGCACGUGUAACGUGAAUCGCGUCAGCUACAACGGCACCUACGUGGUCAAGGACGGGCUGCCUUUGAACCCAAUGGGUAGGACUGGUAUGCAGGGGCGUGGCCUACUUGGCAGAUUCGGUCCUAAUCACGCCGCUGACCCUGUAGUAACGAGGUGGAAGCGUACGAGCGCUGGCGUUAUGCUACAGGGCGGCAAGAAGGUCCUCGAGUUCGUCGCUAUUCAGAGAAAGGACAACAAUCAAUGGGCUAUCCCUGGGGGUAUGGUUGAGCCCGGACAGCUUGUUACACAAGCUCUUAAGGCGGAGUUUGGCGAGGAAGCGAUGGCAAAAUUGAAUGUCUCUCAAGAAGAGAAAGAGCGGAUCGCCAAGCAGAUAGAGCGCUUGUUCCAACAAGGGCAAGAGAUCUACAAAGGCUACGUCGACGAUCCUAGGAAUACCGACAACGCAUGGAUGGAGACGGUAGCGGUCAACUUUCACGACGACAAGGGAGACCUGUUCGGUGACAUUACUUUACAGGCCGGAGAUGAUGCUGCUGCAGUACGAUGGCAGCGGGUCAGCGGUAACAUCCCCCUUUACGCAAGUCACGUGUCCAUAUUAGAGAAAGUAGCCAAGAUGAGGGACGCCGCAUUUUAGAAGUAGAUAGAAUUAUUAUGAAAAAGUGGGACGCACUAGGCUCUUUUGUCAAAAGAGCUAGCCUAUAAAAUCUACGGCCCUCGUCAUUCCUUUUAUAAAGAAUGAACGAAAACAAGCACGAAACAAGCACGAAAUUUGUGUUCAAGUUUAUAACAGAUCACUUACGUUAUUCCCAAAAAAAGAAAUAAUUAUUUUGAUAUUUGUGUUGAGUCGAGCUCAAACGGCGCGGCCAAAGAACCUCAAAUAAUAAAUCUAGAGCUUGAAAAUAAUAAAGUUCAAAAUUCAAAAUAUGACAAUCUUUAAAAGAAUUAAUAGUGUAACUUAAAAUGUAACAUUGUAAUGUAAAAUGGUAGAGUGGCAUACUUUGUUGUGAAGGGAAGGCCGGACCUUGCCAAGUCAAACCGUCAUGCAUGUCGAGAAGAUAACAAGAUAUGACACAAGCACUAAGCUCAUCGAAUGCAAUGCAACCUCUCCGGUUGAUGUAUAUUACUUGGGGAGGAUCUUUGUAAAGAAAAAUAUAUUUUGACAAAUAAAAACACUCGUCCUAUCA